UAAUCAACUAUGACAGCUGCACUGAUACUGUCAAAUCAUCACGCCAUCACCAUCACUCAUCAUGACACGCUGAACUUAUAAUGGGGAAAUUCUUGCACAAAAGCUAAUAAUGGUUAGUCUAACCAGGCUGAUCUAUAAUACACUCAAGCUGAACAUCGAAAAACUAGUAGAUUCCGAAGAUGGAGAUGAUGACGAUUACUCUGAAGAAAAAGAAACUCUAAUAACAGUGCAACUGUCAAAACCUAUGAAAGUAACUCAGCAUACAGAUUUUAAAAGAAAAGGAAUAACACUAAUCAAAACCAUGCUGGAAAUUUUACCAUUUUUAAUAAAUUUAUACAGUUUGCAUGUAUUCACCAUUGCGAUACCCCAAAAUGAGAUCAUGCACUAUGCCUUCAUCGCUUACAUUAUCAUGAUUUUCUUCUGCUUCGUCAGUAUCUCACAUUGGUUAUGGGACGACCUACUGCUGGACCUAACCAUUCUACUAGACUACGCCCAACUAACACAGGUCCCGCCCCUCAUGGCAGCCGAGGUUGCGCUACGUUACCACGCCCUCCAGCCCUCUCUAUGCCUCGCAUUGGCCUCUGCAGGCCUCCCCGCCCUCAUCUUCUUCAUCCUGAUGGAGUAUCGCCGCCCAGGAAUGACUGAUCUAUCUGUCAUUCCGUCAGUUGUGGCGCUGCUGGUAGUGGGUUGGUCGAACGGAUCAAUAGGGGCGAUGCUAGCGGGUCUGCUGUUUUGCUACGCCUACUUUGGGAAGAAACGGAAACUAGGAUAUUGCGUCAGAGGACAGUGCGCUUAUGAUCUGUUGAUGUCGCUUGGAGGUUUGGCGGUAGCUGCGUCUUGAGGUGUAGCGUGGUCGAUAUUUCAUUAAAGAAACUGUCAAGCAUGUCUUGUGUUUGAUUGAAGUAGUCUAAACCAGAGUUCCCCAAACUUUUUUGUGUCG